UAUAAUUUAUCACAAAUUUUAAAUUAUUCUAAGUGUAAACUGGCAUGAAAUUGUAAUGAUUGCUUUGUUGGUGUUGAUUUUACAUUCAAGUUAGCAAAAUGAAAAGUUAACCUCACUUCGAUUCAGUAUUGCCGACACAUGAAUACAAUCUAUUUACAUCCGCACUUUCCUAAAGGGCUAGUUGAGGCCUAUGGUCCUCUGCUCAUUGUACGAAAGCACGUGCGUAAACAAAGACAUUGUCUGUGAUACGCUGAGUGCAUUUAUGUAGUUCUCCUUUUACUGCGCUAUUUUCCUAAAUCUGCGUCGAUUCUGUAACCUUUCACACAGGCGACAUAAUAACCGGGAAGUCACUCAUACGGCAUCAAGACUUCAUGAUGGAAGUUUCGAAAUAACACGUGCUUCAUUUCCCUAUUGGUUAUGUCCCCGUUCCUAAGAGUAGCAGGUCUAAGAAAAGAAGCCGACUUCUGUUUUGUCGGGUUUCCGCAUUUCGUCACGAGUCAACAACUUAUUUGAGGAAUUCCUGUGCAUUCGAUACUUGCACCUCUGAUGUUCAACUAACGUCUGAUCACCACAUGACAAAGUGCAGGCAUAUGUCCUGGGUGUAGUGGUGACAUUGGAAUUAAUAUCUGUUCUGCCUUGCCGUUCGUUCGGUGGUCCACGCCACCGUCAGGAGAAGCGCCUCGUCCUUAAAGCGAAUGUGAGAAGUUGAGGUGAAUUCUUCAAGUUCAACUGUUCAAGGACAAAAUGAAUCCUGGGAAAAGAAGCUUCUACAGCGGAAUCGGAACAAGCUUAGUUGAGAAAAUCUUGUCAGGGAUGUCGGACUUCGGGACCAGAAGCCUGAACCUUAGCGUGCUGGUGAACGACCCAGAACUCAGAGAAGCCUAUACGGCCGCCAAGAAGGACGGUCAGCUCCCAUCCAACCGAGCUCGGGUUCUGAUCCUCGGGGAGCCUCGUGCAGGUAAAACCAGCCUGCUGAACCGCCUCCUUGGCAAGGAGUUUGACCGCCUCGAGCAGCCCACGCAGGGCAUAGAGACAAGGAUGUGUCACGUGACCAAUGUGGAUAACAAGUGGAACCAAUCAGAUGCCGCCAAGGCAGACGACAUCCGGGAAUGUGCUUCGGCGGUGGCGAUUCUCGGUGAAACUUCUUCGGCUAAGAUUAAGAAAGGACGUACAAAUAACAGGCCCUUCCAGUUGCCAGCGACCCCAGACUCGCCGAAAACCCUUCCCGGUAGCCCAGGGAGGGAUAGUAGUGACGCCAUCAAAAUUUUUAAAUUUGUCCAGCUUUUCUUUGUAAUCGUCGUUGUCUACAUUCUUGGGGUGUUCCACUACGGUUAUUUUGUGUUUGUCUGGUGUACUAUAAUCGCACUGGCCACUAUUCUGGAUUGUAACAACGCAUAUCGCUUUGCGACCUCCAUGUCUUUUGUCGCUGUCCUUUUCGAAGCCUUGAUCCGUAUUGACCAGCCACUUGAAGAACUAGCCUGUAAAGGAAAUAAUCAAACGUCCCGAGAGCCAGUCGACUUCGCUACCAACGUCAUCAUGGCUUCGAUUGCCACGACUCUCGCAGGCAUGUCUACAGGUCUAGGCCUUCGCACAGGGCUUGCGGUAGCCUUCUCCGCUUGUGCCCACCCUUCUGAAACUAACGCCACAGUGCAGACUGCUUUCCACAACUUAGAGGUAUCGUUGAAUACUCUGGUAGUGUAUGGGACAUUUGCGACAGGAGCGUUUACAGGUUUCACCAGCUACAAGUUCUGCACAGCUGAUGAUCGGUGGCACAAAAAGAGGAUGGCUGUCUCGCUGGCUUUAAUAUCAGUGAUAGUUGCUGCUUAUUUGAAGAGCGGGUGCCGCCUCGCACCCUAUUGGUUUCUAUGUCUAACUGGCUGUUCGACGUUAAUUGGUGGGGCCUGGGGGUCCAAUUUUUGGCAGACGAGCGGUUCUGAAGUAUGGCCUGGAGGCCAGCUAUGCUACCAAGAAGAUCCUGGGAUUUCUCUUAGGUUUAUUCAUUGCACGCAUGUGCGGCUGGACACUGAGGGUACCAGACGCUUCGUUGCCCUCUCUUGCGUUUUACAUCCUGUCUGUCACUGCACACCCACUUUUCGAUCUCUAUACUUCUUAUAAGAUAUGGCGUGCAAAAGCAGUCUUUCCAAUUAAGCUUAUCCGGAACCAGAUGAAAGCCAUUGUCAAAGGGCAACCACUCUUGGAGACCAAGUUGAGUCUGUGGGAUUUCGCUGGGGACUCCCUUUACCACUGUGCACAUCACAUCUUCAUGCCAGACCGAGCUUUGUACGUCAUCGUCUUCAACUUACAGGCU